AUGGAAAAGGGAAGUUUCCUCCGCCUCGCCGGCGACUUGAUCGGCGAGUCACUGCUUGAGCAGCGCCGCCUCCCUGAGGAAGGCUGGGACGACUUGGCGGUUUCGCUCUUCCUUGAGGAGCUCGCCGCUGCAGACAGCAACAACCACCUCGGCAACGUGGGCGUCGGCGAGCGCGAGGGUCGAGUCUUCAGCCGGCUGGUCGCGCAGCGGAACUUUGGCCUCGCACACGGAAUUGGCAGAUCCGGCGACAUCGCAGCCUUGCAGCCGAAAGCCGCAGGCUCUUCGCUGCUCUUCGCCCUCACCCGCCGCCUGGCUCUCGACGCACUGCACGUCUGCGGACUCAGGGCAGCGAAGGCCGCGCUUGUCGUCCCGUUUGCGACGGGCAUGUCGCUCGCUCUGUGCUUCUCGGCGCUUCGGAGCUCCCGGCCGCGUUCUGCGCACUUCAUCAUUUUUUCCCGAAUCGACCAAAAGGCCUGCCUAAAGUCCAUCUACUCUGCCGGAUUUGAAGCAGAAGUAGUUGAAAUGCGUCGCGCCACAGGCAGCUAUGCGCUUCAGACCGACCUCGACGGCAUCGCAGAUGCCAUCGACCGGCUGGGGCCUGAGAACGUGCUCUGCGUGCUGAGCACGACGUCGACCUUCGCCCCGCGCGAGCCCGACCAGGUCGACGAGAUCGCGCGUCUCUGCAAGGCGAAAGACGUCGGGCAUGUGGUGAACAACGCGUACGGACUCCAGUGCACCAAGUGCUGUCAUCUCGUUGACCAGGCGCUGCGCACGGGGCGUGUCGAUGCGGUCGUUCAGUCCACAGACAAGAACUUCCUCACGCCCGUUGGCGGCGCGAUCAUCGCUGGCGAUCCUGCGAGCCUCCAGCGCAUCGCGGCCACCUACCCCGGUCGCGCCGGCAGCGGCCCAGUCCUCGAUCUCUUCAUCACGCUUCUGCAAAUGGGACGCACUGGCCUCACGCGCCUGCUGCGCGAACGCCGCGAACUCCAUGCCUGGUUCGCCGGCGAACUUGAGAAGCUGUGCGCGGAAGUCGGCAGCCGCAUCUUGGAGGCGCGGAAUAACCGCAUUUCCUUCGCCCUCGAUCUUUCCUUCCUGGAAGACGCGGGUGAGACAAACACAUCCAGCUCCUCGGGAGGACAUGUAGGGGCGCCGCGCCACGCAGAGAGCCCCGAUAGCGCUCAGAUGCAGCCGCGCGAUGCGGCAGACGCAAAGAGUGCGCGGUCGCUGACGUUUUUCGGCUCCGCGCUCUUCAAGCGGAGGUGCUCGGGUCUGCGCGUCGUGCCGUGCUGGCCGCCGUCUCCUUCACCCGCGUCUCCGCCUCCGCAGUCUCUGUCCCCGUCUGCCGCCUCGCCGCCCGCCCCGCCGGUCUCGACUUCCGCCUCCUCACUGUCUCCCGCUGCGCCGCCCUCCAGUGCCCCCCCUGCUGCGUCGUCUGCAGGCGCAGAGCCCGGCCCCAGCGCGCCGGCGGCAGAAGGCGCCAAGCAGGCGGCGCAGAGCGAAGUUGCGCAGGAGCGCACAGGCGCGAAAAAAAAGCGAGCCGGCGCGGCGCCGCCAAACACGAAAACUGUCUGCGGGCACGUUUUCCGCAACUACGGCAGUCACUGCGAGAACUUCCCUGUCCCGUACUGCACCGUUGCAGUCGCGAUCGGAGCCAAGAGGGCGGAGCUCGAGGCCUUCUUGCCCCGCUUGCGGCGUGUGGCGCUCGAGAUGAAGAAGUCCGCGAGUGGGCAAUGA